GAGCCAAGCGGCCGGGGCUGGGCGCGACCCGGGCCAGCGUAGGCGCAGGAGCGGGCGGAGCCGAUCGCGGGCUAUGCUGAGGCUGACGGCCGCCGGGGCCCGAGCCAUCGUGGACAUGUCGUACGCCCGUCACUUCCUGGACUUCCAGGGCUCCGCCAUCCCCCGAGCCAUGCAGAAACUGGUGGUGACCCGGCUGAGCCCUAACUUCCGCGAGGCCGUCACCCUGCGCCGGGACUGCCCAGUGCCGCUCCCCGGGGACGGAGACCUCCUCGUCCGGAACCGAUUUGUUGGUGUUAACGCGUCUGACAUCAACUAUUCUGCUGGCCGCUAUGACCCAUCCGUGAAGCCCCCCUUUGACAUAGGUUUUGAAGGGAUUGGUGAGGUGGUGGCCUUAGGCCUCUCUGCCAGCGCUAGGUACACAGUGGGCCAGGCUGUGGCUUAUGUGGCUCCUGGUUCCUUUGCUGAGUAUACAGUGGUGCCUGCUAGCAUUGCCACUCCCGUGCCUUCAGUGAAACCCGAGUAUCUCACUCUGCUGGUUAGUGGCACCACUGCAUACAUCAGCCUGCAAGAGCUCGGAGAGCUGUCAGAAGGGAAGAAAGUUUUGGUGACCGCAGCUGCUGGGGGCACAGGCCAGUUUGCUGUGCAGCUUUCCAAGAUCGCCAAGUGCCAUGUCAUUGGGACCUGCUCAUCGGAUGAAAAGUUAGCUUUUCUGAAAUCCAUUGGAUGUGAUCGCCCCAUCAACUACAAAACAGAGCCUGUGGAGACAGUUCUGAAGCAGGAGUACCCUGAAGGUGUCGAUGUAGUCUAUGAGUCUGUUGGGGGAGCCAUGUUUGACCUAGCAGUGGAUGCCUUAGCCACCAAAGGGCGUCUGAUGGUAAUUGGGUUUAUCUCUGGCUACCAAAGCCCUUCAGGUCUUUCACCAGUAAAAGCAGGAGCUCUGCCGGCCAAGCUCCUGAGGAAGUCUGCCAGUCUCCGGGGGUUCUUUCUGAACCACUAUUUAUCCAAGUACCAGGCCGCCAUGGAACACUUGCUGGAGCUGUACACUCGUGGGGAGCUGGUCUGUGAGGUGGACCUGGGACACAUGGCUCCAGAGGGGAGGUUCAUCGGCCUGGACUCUGUAUUCCGGGCUGUUGACUAUAUGUACACUGGGAAAAAUAUUGGGAAACUUGUGGUGGAAUUACCUCACAGUGUCAGCAGUAAGCUAUGACAUCAAUGACAAAGCAAAGGGAUGCUCCGUGCCUUAGGAUGAACAUAGUAUUUCUUAAACAAAAGUGUAGUGCUAAUGAGUUCUGCUGCCCGCUUUCCUUGGGAGUGAAAAUAAUGUGCCUCAAUAAAAGUUCUCUCUAUAGCUAAGAGGUAAAAUGUUUACAUUCGAUUCUUUAGUCAUGGACGGUCUCAUUCCAGAUUUUAUUGUUCCAGGGAAGUAGAUUAAUUCCUGAUGCGGGACCUGAUCAAGUCAGUAUGUCCCUGGCUUGAUGAGUUUUUUAAAUCAGUCUUCAAAUAGCUCACCAAGUCUCCUUUGCUUUGGAAGCGGCUGCUCUUGUGUUAAUAAGUACUUCACAGGUGAGCAGGUAAUUCGGGCCAGCCUGGUAUUCUUACAGUCCAUAUGCUUAGCAAGGAGCCCCAACUAUCUAAAGACAUUUGGGAGAGAAUUCUCCAAAUUUAAUCCUGUUAAGUGAUUCAGCAAACAGAUAUAUCUUAAUGACGCAGCUGCUAUUUGGUGACUUGAAUUCACAUCCUGGUAAGAUUCUCUGUGAAGAAAAUGUUGCUGUUCCAAGAAGAAAUUACUCUUAGAAACAGAGUGGGGUUUGGAAAAGAAAGCUAUGGUUUAGGGAGACUUUGUGAAAAAAAAAAAACUACUGUGUACAGAGGAAGGAGAAAAUUCUGUGCUACCUCCUCAGGAGAGGCUCAGGUAAUACAGUAACAGGGAUCACAGAAGGGGGCUCACUCUAGCAGGUGAAAGGUUAAAAACAGCUCACUUCCUGUCCCCAAACACGGCAGGCACCCAGGUCUUCUAAAAUCAUAACCGUUUGCUUCUCCUCAAAGGCUUGACGCGGAAGGCUUGGUCUCUGGUGGGGACGGCAGUCAGGUACCCUGUGUUCCCAUUUUGCUUCUCAGUGUGGAGAGAAAGGAGCUACCUGCUCUAGGCUGCGUACUGGUGCAGUCCUGUCCAUCAACCUACAUGCUGCUUCUCUUCAAACUGACCUUCACCUUCGGUGUCCAAAGGCUGCCUGCCACUUUUGUCAUGGAAUCAAAACCCCACAGUGCCUUUCUAACUGAAGGUGAAGCCUGUCCGAUUAUUUUUCAGUCUUGGGUUUCAGUACAUCAAACGUGCUCAAUGCAUUGGAAUGUAAUUAAGAGUGCUUUGUGAAAGUUGGGGGCCAGAUUUAAUUCUUCCCUUGCAUCUGAGGAGCAGAGAGAUCCUGUUUCCGAAUAGCUGUUAGUAUCUAUUUUACAAGAUUUACUCAUUUCCAGGUACCUAAUGUAGCUGCUAGCAUGCAUGCACAACAAUACAAUUUAUAUGGUAAAUGGAACCAAAUAAUGGCUUCACUGAAUGUUAUGGCCGCACUGAAGGGAAAUGUCACGGUAAAUAGCUGCCGAAUUAUGGAUCAUGCCGAAGUGUCAGAACCGCACUAAAGACAAAUAGCACUAGAGGCUAUUGCCACUGUGACGCUUUUGAGUUAUGAAGAAGGGUAUCAGCCUGACGCGAGGCUCUUUGUGUCCUCGUCAUAGCAAAGGGCUGCUGGUACAGGGAACAAGAAAGGCUCAUCCAAUGUGCUGCCUAGUUAUUAAUCUGUCCCUUUCAGACCUAGCCACUGUAGCAGGAGAGACUUGGCCGGCUCUUCCGUAUACAAACAUAACAAACAGAGGGCGGGCAGGUUUUAUGAAUGUUAGUAUGCUCAGGAAAUGACUGGUAAUGGAAAAAUGUUGUAAUAAAAUAAUCUAAUCAAAGACUAUUAUUAAAUUUAACGUAGUAUAUGUCUGAAA